UCCAUUGGGUUUGGAGCUUUGCCGAAUGUACAUAAAUAAUGAGAUUGCCUGAAAGCUUUUCCAAAUGUGACAUCUUUACUUUGGACAAUAUAUUCACAGAGAACUCAUAGCUUAGUCAGGCCAAACUCACCUGUAAGUUGCCAUGACUAAAAUGAAUUGAUCAAGUCCUUAUCUUAAACAUCCUACCACCGACUUAGAUAGCCCGCGAUCCUACUCAGGGAUCUUCAUUCUACACACAAUGGCACGUCCCAAGGACAAGCGUCCCCUCAUUGAGAAUGAGCGUUUCCUUUCCCGUUGUGCCAAGGAGGAAGAUAGACUCCGUCUCCACUUAUCCACCCAACUAAAGCAGGACAUGGACAGGCUGUUUGAGACGGGACUACACAGUGACAUUACCUUAAAGUCAGGAUUUCAGGAAAUAAAACUUCACAAAUUCAUUCUGAAAACAAGGAGCCUUGAGAUCUACAACAGGCUGCAUGAGGUGUGUACAGAGGCCGGGGGAGACCUCCUGGUACUGCCGGAAUGGGUCCAAGUCCCAACACUCAGGGAAAACCUCAGACUUCUGUACAGUACCCUGACCAUACAGCCACUGCUUAGUGAGGACUCGGACAAUGAUAUAGGAAUAGUACAAGAUGUUGUAGCACUUUUAACAUUCCGGGAAAAACCGCAACCUGAAGAGGAGGAAGAAGAUGCUGAAAAUGAUGCCACUGAAGAAACUACAGGCUCCAAUACUGUGGACACAUUGUCAGAUGCAGAUAAAUUAGAAUCUGACGAUAAAAAUAAUCAUGAUAAUGUAAAUGGUACAGAAAAUCUAGAGGAAUGUUUUGAUCAAACAGAACCUGAACAACCAACAUGUAAUACUUCUGUGGAACCACGACCAACCGAUCUGAGUUUGAAUGAAAAUGGUGAAGUCGCUGGUGCCUGUUCUGCUGUGAACCAUGAGGAAGCAGUUUCAGUUGAGUCUGAAACUGAGCAAAAGGAAAGAAAAACAAACGGAUUCAGUGAUGGUAAGGGAGAUAACUCUAGCAAUGGAGAGGGGGACAUUGUACAUGUGAAAAUGGUAGAAAAUGGUUCCGAUGAGUGCAAGGAGUCUGUGCCUGAUGAUGAAAAGAACUCCAGCAAGGGAGAUAACUGUUCACUUCAAGAUCUGAUCAAGAUGACAUAUGACCUGAGUAUACCCUACAAGGCUUGUGAUUCCCUAGGGGAAGGGCUCCUGAGGGGAUACCUAAAGGAAGUGGACCAUGACUGUGUCAUCUCGAUCUCUGGGGCCCACUUCAGGGCACACAAAUGUAUUUUAGCCAUCAGAUGUGAAUACUUUGCCGCCAUGUUGGGAGGAUCCUGGAUGGAAAGUGAUGCUCAGGAAAUUUGCCUUGAAAGCAUCAGUCCCCCUGUGAUGGAGCAGGUCCUGCUCUACCUGUACGGGGGUGUCCUGGACCUAGAACCAUGCUGCCCUAUAGGAGAGGUUGUCAUGGUAUCUGACAUGUACGGUCUCCAAGGGCUCAACACCAUAGUCACGUAUAACCUGAAAAAGACUUACUGCCAUUUCUUCCACAAGCCGUGUAGUGUUUGUGAGACGGGGGUCGUAGAAACAUUGACCUCAGCGCUGACCUUUAAUCUGUGUGACUUACGAGACAAGUGCAUCGACUGGAUAAACACCAACAUGGUGAAGGUUUGGAGGACAAAGGCGUUCGCUACUCUGCCUCCGGAGGUCCUGGAUAUGGUCUGCAAUUCCGCCAUCCAGCAUCUGAGUAUACAGUGUGUGAUGGAGGUGAUGCUGGAUUGUCAGAAGUUGAACCGUAACAUUCCGCGGCUCAAAUGGUGCGAGCCUGCCCUGUCUGCUGUCAUCCGCCUUAUGGAUAGCUCCAUCGAAUACACCGCAAAAAAUUUCAUCAGUCUUCUCAACAGCGGCAAACUCCGGGACAUUGAUACGACCCUGGCGUACCAGAUGGGACUACUAGAGGAGAUCUUUGGUACGGUGAUCAGUUCUCUACCCCUGUCGGGGGCCUGCCAGGUCUUCGAACGACUGCAUGCACUCAACAAGGCAUCAACCUCUGAGGAAAUGGAGUCCGUUUGGAGUGAGGAGUUUUGUGCCUUUAUCCGGUCCCUGUACAAGAUGUGUGAGGAGUUUAUGAAGCUGCACAUCCACCAGAUGGCUCUGACCAAGGACUGGGAUAUACUCAAUAAGGAUCUACAAGCUCACCUCAUGAAAAAUUCCAGCUUUGUUGUAUUAGACAUGUCUGUCAAGGAGAAGAAAAUGGGGCCAAGAUUUAUGAGGAUGCAAAAGAAAAAAACAGAGGUCAAAGAACAGAAAACUACAUUAAAAGCCAGGCCUGUUUUAACAAGUGAUAGAACCCGCAAACUGUCCGGUUCCAGCACAGGUACAAAGUCAACAGAUGGUGGGUCUGAAAAGUCUGUCGGAAAGUCCUCGUUACAAAGUCAGAACAAAACUGGGACAACCAGAACCACGACGACUCGGAGUACACCAGGGAAAACUACAUCACGUACAGGAGUUAGGACUUCACACAGCUCUACAAGGGCACCAGGUACUCGACACACUCAGGAACGAUCAGUCAACCCCACUUGUUCUGAUGGUAAGCACUGUGAGAGCUCUGCAAAGGGAAACAACUCUGAAAGUGUAGACUUUAAGGGUAAAAAUGAGUCUCAGUCAGGUGUUAAUGAUGGAGAAGACAAUGAUGGCCAUGACAGGGUGUGUUUGCCUGGGCAAAGUUUCUUCGGGGGUUCUGAAGAAAAUGAGGGUUCAAAUACAUUACUGAAUGCUGAAGGUCAAGGGUCAGGAAGUUCGCUGAAUGCUGAAGAUCAUGGAUCAGCAACAUCGCUGAAUGCUGGAGGUCAAGGGUCAGCAACAUCACUGAAUGCUGGAGGUCAUGGAUCAGCAACAUCGCUGAAUGCUGAAGGUCAAGGGUCAAUGACAUCGCUGAAUGCUGAAGGUCAGGGUGGAGCUUGUCAAGGUCAAUGCAGGCCAGAGUGUGAAUCCCACAGAGAGGCUUUGGACCCAACCACAUGUCACACGGGACAUUCUAGUCACUUACCAGAUCCAAUAGUAUUUAAUGUAGAACUUAUUCCAAUUUUCAAUAUCUCAUUUUUUUACAGUAACGCAUGUUAAAUUGAAAAUCUUAUGCAGUAUUCUUACAUGGUAAGAUCCUUAAAUCCUUAAUGGUGGUUGUUCAAAGUAUUGUACUCCUUUAAAUGUCAAGGUUUUCUUCUAAUAUUGUAUUCCAUUAAUAUACUUGAUUCAAUUCCUCUUGAACUGCAUUCAUGGUUUGGUGGAGCUGUUGUAAAUAGCUUGAAACUGUAGAGUAGAUAACUUAGCGGCUUCAGAUUUCAUUCAUUUUUACACAGGGUUUUAAUGUGCAUUAUGUUCAACAUUCCAGUUAAAGCUCAACUGUAAAAUAGUAUUGGUAUUGUCAAUGUACAGGAAAAUGAUUGAUAAACCUUCUGUCAGUACAGUAGAACUUGUGUUGUGAGGCCAAACCUUUCUUAGGUACAGUAGAUCCUUUAAUGUCAGACCAUGUGCUUCCUAAGUCAGUACAAUAAACUUACGUCAUGGGAAACCUCCCCUUUUGGACGUACAAUAUUGUAUAUUAUGGUAUCUGUAUUGAGAUGUUCCCCCUUUUUUGGGUACAGUUGAACCUAUAUAUUAAGGAAUGUAUAUAGGAA